UAAAAACGCAACCAACAUUUGGGUUUCAAGCAUUUUACUCUGUUGUGUUGGUUUUUGUGAGAGCUGCGCAGUAUCUAUUUGAUUUUGCAUCCAGAGAAAAGCAAAGACUGCUUCUAUGGCUGAUCCUGAACUAGAAGCUAUUAGACAGAGGAGGAUGCAAGAGCUCAUGGCUCAACAUGGCACUCAGCAGGGGAAGCAAGGCAGUCAGCAGAAUCCAGAUCAAGAGAGAGCACAAGAAGAUGCUAAAAGGGAAGCUGAUGAACGUAGACAAAUGAUGCUUAGUCAAAUAUUGUCUUCCCAAGCCCGAGAGAGAAUUGCACGAAUUGCACUGGUGAAACCUGAGAAAGCUAGAGCCGUAGAGGAUGUUAUUUUGAGGGCUGCUCAAAUGGGACAGAUUGUUGAGAAGGUUUCUGAGGAACGGCUUAUAACGCUCUUGGAACAAAUAAACAGCCAAACUAGCAAACAGACAAAAGUCACGAUCCAGAGGCGUCGUGGGGUGUUCGACGAUUAGGAAAGAUGAAAGGAGAAGUUUAUGAUGUGCUUUGUACAUCUCUCCCUUGGAGAUCUCCCUGUUAAGUUGUUGAGUUCAGUUACUAAUAUCUACUUGCACUGUGAAAUAUGUUUAUUGUGAGUGAAGAAUCUUAAUGAUCUUCCAGAUGCUUGGGUUUGAGAUAAAGAUUAAUCUGAAACUGAAACUCUGCAUUUUAUACAUUUUGCCAUUUCUUCUA